CAUCAACAGCAAUUUUAUUUUGAAAUCUGGGCGUCUACAAAUGAGAAUUGGAUGUUGCCAUGGUAAUACAGGGGUGGUGUAUGUUUUCUCUUUUUUCAUAAAGCAACAUGAUAUUGUUAUAGCUAUAAAUUCAGUGAAUAGAUGCUAUAUGUGAUGGAUAUAACGGCUGGUUUGAGCAGUUUUUCUUUUGAGGCGGGUCUGACUGAUGGUGAGAAGAACUUUGAGUAUCUUCGUGAACGCUCAGCUGAACUGAUGUUUUGUGGAUGCAUUCAAGCGACUUUUGUGUGCGAAUUAUUCCGCUCACUACGAUGUGCAGUUAAUGGCAGCACCGCUGGCUCAUCUGUUUCCUCCAAAGACCUCUGUGUGGGAAUCCUUGGUUUCGGCCGUCUGGGUAAACAGCUGCUUCAUAGCAUCCUUGAAAAUACCAGCAUCAAGACAUCAUGUAUUAAAAUAUCCACCAGAAGACCAGAAUCAGCAGAGGAAUGCAGCCGGACCGGAGUGGACUGUUUCUUUGACAAUCGCAGACUGGCCGCAUGGGCUGACAUUCUGUUUCUGUGCUGUUUGCCCUCUCACUUCGCCAAAGUCUGUCCCGAUCUUCGUUUUCAUCUGUCAAAAUGCUGUCUUGUGUACAGUUUCCCCUCUGCUGUACCUGUCACAAAGUUGGCCAAACUCCUUGAACAUGAUUUUAUUCUGAAACCACAAUAUGAAUUUGCCACCUGGGAUGCUGCAGAUGUGAGGCUGCCUUCUUUUAAUCUAACCACAGUUUUGACAGAGGAGCUGUUGACGGAGGCAUCCAAACCCCGUAGUAUAAAGGGUACAAUCACUCUGGACCUGAACUGGGUGUGUGCAGUGCUGUACAGCUUGUUGAACAUCUGCACUUCUGCCAAUCUGGGAUCUGCUCAGACUCUGUCUUUGAUUCAAACCCUUGUUAUAGAGAAAUGGACGGAUGAGAUGGAGUUUAAUGCACACAAUUUCAUUAGUUCAUCCUAUGCAUCUACUAUUUCUGCAACUGACCCUUUUCCUUGGAUUUCACUCAUCGACACUCAAACAAAGGAGACGCCACUGCUGGACUUUUUAGCAAACAAAAACCUCCUUCAGCAGUGCAUCACAGCAACAUUCAGAUCCCAACUGAGACAGAAAUCAAAGAAAUGAAGUUUUUCAAAUAUCCUAAAGCCCUUAAAGUGGUCGAUUACUGUGGCAUUUUAAACAUAAGCUAAUAAAAAUAUGGUUAUGGAGUUGGUCAUGCUUUAA